ACAAGUGUUAAGUCAUUUCAUCAGCUUCAGUAAUAAUUUACUUUCCACUUACUUACCUGAAGUGAUUAUACACAAGCAUUUCAAAUACAUCAAUAAAUAAAUUGUAAAUAAGGAAACUAUUGAAACAAUUUCAGAACUAACCCUUUCCUUCAUAUUUUUAAAACACUAGUUCCAUUUCUCACAGUACCCCUGUGAUGAGGAAAGGAAUCUCAAAGCAGUGGAGUUGACGUGCAAAGGCAGCAAGACGACUGGAGGGCCUCCUGCAGAUUUGAGAGUAAAUCUGUCUGCGUUUCACAUGGAUAAUUACACCAGUGAUGAAGAUGUAGACAAUGACUUUGACACCCAGCUAAUCAUUCAACAGAGUUUACAGGAUAUUCACAAGCCAGGAACUAUACAGCAGGCACCUGAUGAUGAGAGCUUUUUGAGCACUGACUAUAAGAAGAUAGUUGAAAUAUUGUCAAUAGGUAAGGAAGAUGCACUGUCACGCUUGACCAAGUACCGUUCUGCUUUUGAUGAAGCAGACGAGAUAGGCUGGCUUCCCCUGCAUAAGGCUGCAGUGCAAUUAAAUAAGAACAUUUUGGAAAUAACCCUGAAUGCUUCAAAACCCAGUGUGUGGGAGCAAACCACCCACAAUGGUGAAACACCACUUUUUUUGGCUGUCAGCAAAUGCCUCUUAGAAAAUGUCGCUUUUCUUCUUCUCAAUGGUUGCAGUCCAAAUGUCAAGAAUUUCGAAGGCAAUUCUCCUCUUCUCACAGCCGUUCUACAUGACUCCUACAACACGGCCGCCUUGCUGAUCAGCCAUGGAGCAGACGUCAAUCUGCGGUGUGCCAACGAGAGGACGGCCCUCCAUGAAGCAGCCAAACUGGGCAGACGGGACAUAGUGCAGCUACUGCUGGCUUCUGGGGCACACCCUGACCCACGGAGCUCCUACGGAUUCACUCCUCUUGCUCUUGCUGCCCAAAGCGGACACACUGAAAUCAUGGAACUAUUACUGAAGAAAGGAGCUAAUGCUCUUGGUCAGGCCUCUGAUUCUUCUUCCAUCUUACUUGAAGCUGCUAGUGGAGGAAAUCCAGACUCUGUGACUCUCUUGCUAGAGUAUGGAGCUGAUGCCAACAUCCCUAAGAAUUCAGGCCACCUGCCCAUUCACGUGGCAGCUGACAGAGGCCACUUACUAGCCCUAAAGAUUUUGGUUCCAGUUACGGAUUUUGCUGCCAUUAAGCGGAGUGGCAUCAGUCCAGUUCACUGUGCAGCAGCAGGAGCACACCCCAAAUGCCUGGAACUCCUCAUCCAGGCUGGGUUUGAUGUAAAUUUCAUGCUAGAUCAGAGAAUUCGCAAACACUAUGAUGACCACAGGAAGUCAGCUUUGUAUUUUGCUGUAUCAAAUGGUGACAUCUCUUCAGUUAAGCUGCUUCUGAAUGCCGGAGCUCUGCCUAAUCAAGACCCCGUUAACUGCCUCCAGAUAGCCCUAAGGAUGGGCAACUAUGAGUUGAUAAGUCUGCUGCUACGGCACGGGGCCAACGUCAAUUAUUUCUGCAGAGUCAACCCCUUACAUUUCCCAUCAGCACUGCAAUACACACUGAAAGAUGAAGUCAUGCUCAGGAUGCUGUUGAAUUAUGGGUAUGACACAGAGCGAUGCUUUGAUUGUUCUCAUGGAGACAAAGCUCAUCCUUUACGUACUUUUGAAGGCUGGACAUCUACAGUUAUCAAAGAUACUAUGUUCUGUGAAGUAAUAACUCUGUCGUGGCUGCAGCAUCUCUCUGGAAAGGUUGUUCGAGUGAUGCUUGAUUACGUUGAUCAAGUUCGGAUCUGUUCAAAGUUGAAAGCUGUGCUCCAAAAACAGGGACUCUGGUCAGAAAUCCAUUUUAUCUUGACAAACCCUCGAUCCCUGAAACAUCUGUGCCGCCUAAAGAUCCGGAAGUGCAUGGGACGUUUACACUUGCGCUGCCCUGUCUUCAUGUCAUUUCUUCCACUGCCCAAUCGUCUGAAAGCGUAUGUCCUUUACAAAGAAUAUGAUCUUUAUGAACAAGGAAUUUUCACGGAACCUCGUAAUCAAACUAUUCAGGAUGAAAAGGUUACCACCCUUUUCAGACCCUCAGUUCAUGCCUGAACUAUGAUAAUGGCCUCCUACAUGUACCCAGACACUCCUUUCUAAUCAACCUACAUCAACAACAGUUAGAAGGAUGAGGGCUUCCUAGAGAAAAUAGCCCUGCUCUGCCUCAACUGAAAUCAUCAGCCUGCACCAUCAACCCUGAACAGCCCUGGGAGGCAGCCGGGUUCACAACCUAGCUGGACUCAUCAAGACUGGCAGAGGUCAAAUGGCUCCUUUCUUAAACCAAGUCUUCCCCCAACUAUACUGCAGUAUGGGCCCACUUGAUUCCUUCCAGAGUUCUCUGCACCCCUGGGUUCUGUCUGUAUGUUUGGACUGCAUCUACAGCUGUGCCUACAUGGCUGAGCUCAUCUGAUCUGAUACUCUUGCUACUACUCAAAGCGUAACUGGCAAAACUUGAAGUUCAGGCUGCCACACCCCAGACCUACUGAAACAUAAUAUGCAUUUUACCAAGAUCUGCAGGUGAUCUGUAUGUACCUUUCAGUUCUACUAUUCUCCAGCAAGAACCUUCAAUUCUAAUUACACAACUUGUUUCAUAAACCCAUCAUUUCCGCAUCUGUGCUUUUGUUUUUAUUCUCUUAUCUGCAACGUCUUAUCUUUUCCUCAAAAUAUGGACAAAUCCUACCCAGCUCAGGUUUCUACCGUCUCCACAGAGUUUUCUCUAAAACUGAAGUCCAUACUGAUUUUAAUGUUCUCGAAUCUUUAGCUUUUAGUCACCACCAUACACUUUCAAUUACAUGCUGAUUUAUAUGACAUGUUAAAGUUUUAGUUUGUCUUCCCACACACAUGGGCUCCAGGAGGGCUGAGGCCAUGGCUUAUUU